AUGUCUGCUUCUGCGAAGGGGGCAACAAGUUCCUUAUUCGAAGCUAUUGAGCGCCUUUCGUGCCUCCGCGACUCUGAUACGAAGGACCUUCCCCGCUUGCGUAUUUUAUACUUUACCGAACUCCAUGGCUAUAGGCUUCUGCCGUACCUAUUCACGACCCAGGUUUCAGCUGUCUCGGACUCGCACGCAGAAGAAAAUUGUACGGACGACGCCGAUAUCACGGACGAAGUUAUUCUCGAGCACGUGUUCAAAAUCUAUCGCGGACUGGUUCUUUUGUCUCUUCGCGUCUCGUCUGACAACUUCAAGAUGCCGGAGGGGUUGGACGCAUAUUUUCAGGGAGAGGAACGCCGAAAGCUGCUGCCGCCGCUCGCCUCUCUGCGACUGCUGGACAGCUCAGCUGCUUCGAAAAGCCUCACUUGGACAGAUGCAGAGUUUCAAAACUUCUUCACUGGACAGUUCGAUCUCCGACUGGACUCUGAGCCUCUGCUAUGA